UACCUAGCAACCCACUUAGCAGUUUGGUCAGUGGGCUUUACGGCAUUAUUCGCUGGACAAGACAAGUGCUCUGAUAGCAUACCAUUCAAAAACCGCUGAAAAUUUUGGUUAACUUCUUAAGUGUGAGGUUCGAUAAUAUUAUAUGCACUAUAUAAUUUUUAAGAUUUUUUUUCCAAGAGAUGGAAUUAGAAAUUGACUGACAAACUGCGUUACCGUAGCAUGGUUAGCUUAAUCGGCCAGUUGGAAGCUCAAAUAUUAGUUUCUAGAUUUACUUAACACCAAAAUGGACUAUCAAUAGACUAUACCAGGUCACAUUGACAAUAACACUGAUGAGGAAGAUACGGUAGUGUUUCCGGAUUGAAUCGGCACCAGAUUGAGUUGGAAAAAAUAAGCUUCGGGUAUGUCUCCUUUUCAUAACAUUUGAGGCAGCUCCAUGGGGGCCAAGCAGAGCAAAGGCCAGGAGCCCGGCGGGGCCAGUCCUCAACACAGCUGGAAACGGACUCCCACCAAGGAGAGGGGGGACAUUUUGGCCUCCCUGAUGCUGAAGUCUGGAGACCGGCUGAACCGAACGGGGACGCCGCCGCCGCCAUACCAGCGCCGGAUUGGGAUGAUCCAGGAGAUGAUGAUGAUGGCCAAGCAGGGCAAGCAGGACGAAGCCACGGAGAUGCUGAAGACACUCAGACAGGAUCUGGGAAUGGAGUCAACGUCUUUGGAUGACGUCCUGUAUCGCUACGCCAGCUUCAGAAACCUGGUCGACCCCAUCACACACGACCUGAUCAUCAGCCUGGCCCGAUACGUCCACUGCCCCAAGACGGAAGGAGACUCUCUCGGGGCGAUGGAGAAGGUUUGUCGUCAGCUGACGUACCAUCUCAGCCCCCACUCCCAGUGGAGGAGACAGGGACUGCUCAAGAGAAAACCUCAGGCCUGCCUAAAGGCGGUGUUGUCAGCUCCGUUGUCCAGCGGCGCCCUGGAUCUGUCUGGCAUCCCUCUAACGACUCGCGACAUGGAGCGUCUGUCUGCACACCUGCAGCGUCACGCGUCCAUCGUGGUCAGCUUGGAGCUGGGCUUCACCGAGCUGACUGACGAGGCUUUCCUCCAGCUCCUUCCCACGCUGGCUGCUCUGCCGCACCUGGAGACACUGGCUCUGAACGGAAACAGACUCACCAGAGCUAUUCUGAAGGAGCUCACUGACGCCCUGAAGGAUCCAAGCAGUUUUCCAAGUGUGACAUGGAUUGAUUUGGGGAACAACGUGGACAUCUUCUCCUUGCCUCAACCCUUCCUGGUCAGCCUGAGGAAGCGCUGCCCCAAGCAGGGCAACCUGCCCACCAUCCUGGAGUUCGGCGAGAGUCAGGCCAGCGACCCUCCCGAAAGGCUGAGGGGUCUCGGAGAGGAGGAGGAGACGGACGAUACCAACCUGACCGAGAGCAUGGGCGAGCUCCGAUCGGAGGUGGAGGAGGAGAUGGACGGAGAGACGGAGAUCGAGGAGAUGAUGGAAGAGCUGCUGGACUUCGACAGGGAGAUUCAGGGCAAAGACGAUGAGGAGGACAGCAUGUGGACGCUGGGGGAGCAGCGGAAAGCGACGGUGAGGAGCAGGAGAGCGUGGCGAGAGGAGGAAGAGAAGGAGAAGGAAAAAGAGAAGGUGGACCAGAGAAGAGACAUAAGACCCGGGAGGAGGGCGGUGAUGGCAGAGGACGAGGACGACACACAGAGCCGUUCAUCGCGCCUGUCCUGCUCCAGCCAGUCCCAGCACUCCUUUGCUGUAGUUGAGCCAAUGAGAGUGGAGGAGGGGGACAUGACGGACCAAUCAGAACAUUUAACCUGAGUGUUGCUCCCAAAUCUGCUUGUGUUUUCCUUCUUGUGUCCCGUCCUGUGUGGACAGAGGCGAUGGGAGUACAGGCUGCAGCGUUGCAUGCGGUCCUCAUGAACAAGCCCCCGCUGGUGACUUAUGACCAACCGAUCCGAUACGCCUGAGGAUGCACAGAAUAGACUGAUGAGGCUCAAUGCAGAAUGUUGAUCUUGAAUCAGGUCCUUCCUUGUUAUAAUUGUGCUAAUACCUACAUGUGCCUGUAGCACCUCUGUUUGCUGGUUCAAAAUGAGAUGAAACCAAGCCGGAGAACCUUUCCCUCCCACAACCACCAGGAUCAGAAGACGAGCAGAAAUCAAAAGUUAAGCCAUCGGCGUAAAUCUGCUGCUGCAGUCCAACCAAACAGGUGCGCAGUGUUUCACAGGCGGAGAGCAAACCAGUCGCCAUGAAGAAGUUACAAAAGAAAACUUGCUAUUUUAGACUGAAUGUGUACAGAGGAUAGAUGUGCUAGGACCGGCCACGUCUCCGAACAUGAAACAUUUAGAAGUACUUUUCCUCAUAAUCUAGGUCAUGCUUUUACUCCAUGGCUCAGUACGCGAGCGUGCGUCACAUGCUUACAGCGCUGUGUUUAUAUAUAGCCCCCGCCGCCCCUAUGGUUGCACUCAGGUAGCAGUAUGUAGCUUUCACCCAGCUGUGCUUUCCCUCCUCACGUAACAUCAUGCAGAACUUUUACAGAUAAACUGUAUUUUUGGUUGUACUAUAAAUAUCAAAAUAUAUAUAAGAUGUUUGAGGAGAUAUCGCGUAGCUUAGUUCUGAAGUUCUAACAACCAAGAGCUCAUGUUUAGUACUAUUGGAGUCUGGAGCAGCAAUAUUUAUGAGCUAAACUAGUCUACUAGAUAUUUUAUAAGGGAACAAGUUGUAUUGUUGCAGAGAGACAGACCUAGACAUAUAGAGAAAUAUGAGAAUGAAAACUUAGCUUCAUCCAAAUGCAGUAAAUAUGUACAAAGUCAGAUGUUGCCUCGUUCACAGGUGGAGCUGAACAACCAGGUAAUCAAUCAGCAACACUUCAUACUGUGUUGCCGAGCCACAAGUAAGGAAGUCAUCUUAUCGGUUUGACUUAAAAAGUUAGUUUGCCUCUAGUAGGAAACUUUUCUUAGUGAGUAUUAAUUGACGAAUAGUCGGUUCAAAACGUGCUGAAAAUCUUAUCAAAGCUUGAGAUCCAAGCUGCACAACAUAGCUGGAUCACUGCUGGGUUAUGCAACGGUACAACCUGCAAAGACACAAAAUACUAAAGGGACAAAAAAAACAUACCUAUUGAGAAACAAAUGUAUUGCAUGUAUUCGUUUUCAAACAGACUAUAAAGGGAAGGUCAAUAAACACAUGGGAGUCAGGAAGUCUGUGCUACAAAGUGAACUGUGAAGCCGGAACAGAAAGUUUUGUGCAGCUUUCAACAUUAGCUUUGAAUCUGGUAUUUCUAAACUUCAACUGAAACAUCAGAGAAAACGAGAACCUAGAGAGAAAUAUUUAUUUUGUAGGCAGUACCUCUUAGGUUUUAUUAUCUUAAAGGUUUUGUUAGCAUCUAACUUUCUACUAGCGAAUGAAGCUAACGGCUAGUCCAAGAAGGGCCAGCUUAAAACUGCUGCAGUUUUAAAAACAUCGUAGAGAUUUACACAAACACUGUUUUAUGAACCUUUGAAGGAAGAUAUUUUCACGGUUUCACUUUUUAUUUAUUUAGAUGAAAAACAAAACUCAUACUUACAACACAACAUGCACACAUUUUUGCUUUUUGCACCACUUUCCUCUUCUAUCAGGCAGUUAUUCUGACCUGAAAACCUUUCCAUAUUCCUUUCUCAUUGCAUGUUUCUCUCAGGAGAAUCACUGUUGACAUUCAGCCUCAGCCCUCCGUUUGCUGUGUGAAUAACCAUUGGCUCCUCUGCAAAUAAUCUUCCAAAGUAAACAUUUUAACAGUUUAAAGGUCUAUUAAAUAACAUUUUCAGAAAUCUCUAAAUGUAAGAAAUCAGUUUCGCUCUUGGCCCUUCUCAGACUAGCCAUUAACUUUAGCCUGUGGAACGAUCCAAGCUAGAUACUAAACGACAAGAUUAAGUCUUAAUCAUAAUGCUGGUGAAACAGUAACAGCAAGCAGUAAAAAAAAUAAAAUCAUUUUUAAUUCUCUGUGUUGCUGAUUUUGUGCACAAAUGCAAGAAAUGAAUAAAUGGGAAAGUAAGUUCUUGAAACAAUCAAUAAUCCUCUGACUAAAAUUACAUUUAAAAAUUCAGUUUCUUCAGAAGUACUUUUUAUCUACAAACUGAAAAAAUGGCAUUCACGUUUUCAAAAGUAAAUGUUUUUUUGGCUUAACUGUCUCACUAAACAGAAAAAAAUCUUAAGGAGCACUAAGUUUAUCGUUGGAUGUAAAACUAAAAUCAGAAACCUGAGUUUGCAAAGAUUUAUUUGAGAGCUAUGUAUAUUUUUGGCUCCUGAAAAGGCAGCUUUUAGGUCAUGUCCAAUGUUCAUCUAAGAAGUUUGAGCUGUGCCUAAGAAAAAAUACUUUGUGGUUAUUCCUAUGAGUUAAUAUUUUUCAGUACAUUUCUCCUUAUUUGUUGGUGAAAGAUUAAGACUAACAAAGACAACAGAUUUAAACUGGAAUUAAAACAGUUUGCAGAACAUUUUCUUGUUAUGUUAGAUAUUUGUUUUAGACUAACAAACUAAUACUGCUGUUUGAAGUAAGUCCCAUUAGAAGCAGUUCAGAUGAGAUGGGAUCAUUUUUUCCUGCCUUUGUUGCUUUUGCAUUUAUCAUUUUUUAUGUUUUUCAUUUGUUCAAAGCAGUAUUGUUGCUUCGGUAGUGGAUAACUGCAUACAAAACUAUUCUAAUCUGUGUUUCUUUCCGUCUACAACAGUAAAUUAAUUUCGGUGAGUCAUCCUGCUAACUUCCAGCAGAGUGACUCGCACGGUUUCUGUAGUCCAGGGCUGGCAAGUCCAGUCUGUCAGAGACCGCAACUUUCAGAUGCACCCAUGUCUCAACACACAAAUGGCUGAAUCCUGUCAUCACCAUGUCAUUCAGUUCAUUCAGGAUACAUCUAACCGGGCAUCCCUGGGCACAAAACCUUACCUGAUGAGCACUUUACACUUUACAGCGCCCAUGUACUCCUAGGUGCCUGCUUCAUAUUGAAGUCCAGCCCAAUCAAAGUCCCCAAUCCAAUAAGUGCUAUCAGUUUAGACAUUAACGGACCCUGUGAGGAUUUGUUAAGACCAUUUUUUGCAGAUCUAGGCUGACGAUGCACCACCUGUCUGACUUUGUUCUGCAUUUAAUUCUUGCUUGUGUUGCUGCUUCACACUGCUGAGCGGAGAUCUUCAAUGUGCCUCUGUUGUUCAUUUUGACCCGACGUUGCAGUGCAGUCUCGUGAUCUUCGAGUGGAACUAAAUAAAAAAGGGAAAAGAUUA